GAUAGGCACCGGGAGAGAGGCUAUGAUGGACCAGGAUAUACCGGAAUAGAGGCGGGGAUAGAGCAGGAUGGGCACUGGGAGAGGCUGGGAUGUACCGGGAUAGAUCAGGAUGGGCACCGACAGAGAGGCUGGAAUGAACCGGGAUAGAUCAGGAUGGGCACCAGGAGAGAGGCUGGGGUGGACCGGCAUAUACCGGAAUAGAGGCUGGGAUGGACCGGGAUAUACCGGGACAGAGGCAGAGAUAGACCGGGAUGAGCACCGGAAAAGAGCGGCAUGGAGCGUGGCUGAGGCUGGGUGGGCAGCGGGGAUGCCCCGGUCCGGGGGCGUGCACGGACACGGGCAGCGGGGCAGGAUACACCGGGACACAUCGGGAUGGAGGCAGCGAUGGGCACUGGGAGCACCGAGGAGAUGCUCUGGGGGUGCACUGGGAGAAGAACCCCCCCAGAUUUCUGCCGGGUUAAAAUCUCCCUCGAGCAUUAUUGGGAGUUACUCCAUAGGAGCAGCCUCAUCUUCUGCUGAAGGGCUCCGACGUCGAUUCAAAUUCUUUCCCCCAGCUGCUCUUCGUUGUGUCAGCGUUUUAUUGCGCUCCCUUUCCUUGCUCUGCAUCCCUCCUGCAGCGUGGCCAUGAACAGGAUCCGGAUUCACGUGUUACCCACCAGCCGAGGCCGCCUCACCCCGGUGCCACGGCCUCAGGAGCCCCUGGCCUGCUCCUUCGCCCCCCGGCCCUGCUCCCAGCCCCGCCUGGAAGGGCAGGAAUUCUGCAUCAAGCACAUCCUUGAGGACAGGAAUGCUCCCUUCAAACAGUGCAGCUACGUGUCCACGAAGAACGGGAAGCGUUGUCCCAAUGCUGCUCCCAAACCUGAGAAGAAGGAUGGCACCUCGUUCUGCGCGGAGCACGCCCGGCGCAACGCGCUGGCGCUGCAGGCUCAGGUGAAGAAAUCCAACCCCGGGCCCGUGGGUGAGACCCUGCUGUGCCAGCUGAGCUCCUAUGCCCGGGCAGAGCUGGGCAGCCAGGGUGCCGAGAGCAGCCGCAGCGAGGCCAGCCGCAUCCUGGACGAGGACAGCUGGAGUGACUGUGAGCAGGACCCUGUCACCGUGGAGCAGACGUGGCGUGGGGACCCUGACAGCGACGCCGACAGCAUCGACAGCGACCAGGAGGAUCCCCUCAAGCAUGCUGGGGUGUACACGGCCGAGGAGGUGGCUCUGAUCAUGAGGGAGAAGCUGAUCCGCCUCCAGUCCCUCUACAUCGACCAGUUCAAGCGGCUCCAGCACCUGCUGAAGGAGAAGAAACGCCGGUUCCUGCACAGCAGGAAGGGAGAGCACGAGGCCAUCGGGAGCAGCCUCCUGACAGGGCCAGAGGGGCUGAUGGCCAAGGAGAGGGAGAACCUGAAGAGGCUCAAGUGCCUGCGGCGCUACCGGCAGCGCUACGGGGUGGAGGCUCUGCUGCACCGGCAGCUCCGCGAGCGCAGGGUCCUGGCCACUGAUGGCGCAGCCCAGCAGGCUCACACCACCCGCUCCAGCCAGCGCUGCUUGGCCUUUGUCGAUGACGUCCGAUGCUCCAACCCGUCCCUGCCCAUGACCCGGCACUGCCUCACACAUAUCUGCCAGGAUACAAACCAGACACUUUUCAAGCCGUGCCAGGGCUCUGAGGAAGUUCCCUGCAACAAGCCCGUGCCCGUGAGCCUGUCUGAGGAGCCGUGCUGCCCCCUGCACCUCCGGCUGCCCCCCCAGAUGUACGUGCCAGAGCAGGUCCUGGCAGUGCCCCAGGAGCUGGGGGCUGCUCCCACGGAUCUGUACCUGAGCGCGGCCGAGCUCCAGCCCACGGAGAGUUUGCCCCUGGAAUUCAGUGAUGACCUGGACGUGGUGGGUGAUGGGAUGCAGUGCCCCCCAUCCCCUCUGCUCUUUGACCCUUCUGUGACCCUCGAUCCAUCCCUGAGGGACAUGGCCGAGGCUCCCAUCGACAUCCUGGCCCUGGAGGAGCCCGACAGGGGCAGCUCCUCCACCCCCCUGGUCCCUCCAGCCGAGGGUCCUGCCCAGUGUCACCUCCCGUUCCAGCCCCGGGAGGAGCAGCAGCCACAGGAAACGGCCUCGUCCAGCCCGGCCCGGGGAGCAGCGGCCAACGGGAGCCUGGAGCCGGGGGCCGUGGGCUGAGCCCGGCAGCCCCGGGGUCCCCACACCCGGGGGACCCUCAGCGUGGGACCUGGGGGGGCUGGAGUGCUGCUCCAGUGCCAGGAUGAGCUGCAGCUCCAGCUCUGCUGAUCCCAGGAGCCACAGGAACCCCUGGAACGCCAGGAUGGAGCUCCAGACCUCCCGUCCUCCGUGGGGAUGGAGUAGCCACAGGAGGCUGGGGGUGGGAAAAUCACGAAAUUUUGGGGGUCUCUGCCGUGCCCUGGGGGGGUGAUGUGGCCCUGUGAUGUUUUGGGGGGACAGAGGUUCCAUCCCGCGGGUCCCCCCACAAUAAAGUGAUGGAGGUGGGU